AGAUCCAAAAUGUAGAAUCCACCAGGAAUGGCGAUCUGGAGAAGUCGUCCUCUCGUUGCUGCCCUAGCGACACUGAUCGCCGCCGUUUCCAUCGUCUCCGCCGACGUUUACUUCGAGGAACGAUUUGACGAUGGAUGGGAGAAUCGGUGGAUCAAAUCCGACUGGAAGAAGGAUGAGAACAUGGCAGGAGAAUGGAACUACACUUCUGGAAAAUGGACAGGCGAUGCUGAAGACAAAGGAAUCCAAACCUCUGAAGACUACAGAUUCUAUGCUAUUUCAGCAGAGUUCCCUGAGUUCAGCAACAAAGACAAGACAUUAGUGUUCCAAUUCUCAGUAAAACAUGAACAAAAACUUGACUGUGGCGGCGGUUACAUUAAAUUGCUUAGUGGUGAAAUUGAUCAGAAGAAAUUUGGUGGAGAUACACCUUACAGUAUUAUGUUCGGACCUGAUAUCUGUGGAUACAGCACUAAAAAGGUUCAUGCCAUCUUCACACGUGAUGGAAAGAACCACUUGAUUAAAAAAGAAGUUGCAUGCGAGACUGAUCAGUUAACCCAUGUGUAUACUUUCAUUAUCCGUCCAGAUGCUACAUAUAGCAUUCUUAUUGAUAACAAUGAGAAGCAAACAGGUAGUUUGUACAGCGAUUGGGAUAUUCUUCCUCCAAAGCAAAUCAAAGACCCUGAUGCCAAGAAGCCUGAAGAUUGGGAUGACAAGGAGUACAUCCCUGAUCCAGAGGACAAGAAACCUGAGGGGUAUGAUGAUAUCCCCAAGGAGAUUCCUGAUACUGAUGCUAAAAAGCCUGAAGAUUGGGAUGAUGAAGAAGAUGGUGAAUGGACAGCACCGACCAUUCCCAACCCUGAAUACAAGGGUCCCUGGAAGCAAAAGAAAAUUAAGAAUCCCAAUUACAAGGGAAAAUGGAAGGCACCGUUGAUUGAUAACCCAGAUUUCAAGGAUGAUCCCUACAUCUAUGCUUACCCCAAUUUGAGAUAUGUAGGCAUUGAAUUAUGGCAGGUGAAAUCUGGAACUCUGUUUGAUAACAUUUUGGUCUCUGAUGAUCCUGAAUAUGCCAAAAAGCUUGUUGUAGAAACUUGGGGCAAAAAUAAAGAUGCUGAGAAGGCAGCAUUUGAUGAGGCUGAGAAAAAGAAGGAAGAGGAGGAAUCAAAAGCUGAUGAGUCAGAUGUAGAUGCUGAAGACGAGGAUGAGGCAGAAGAUGAUGCAAAGUCUGAUUCAGAUGCCGAGGAUGAAAAGCAGACUCAUGAUGAGCUCUAGACGUAGUUGAUCGAGUUUCAUUGCAAGUUCAUUCGGGAUCAUUGCAGUUUUUUCAAUCAAUUUUAGCUAGUUAGUGAGGUUUUAGUUUCCUUGUGUCUCUAUCAACAAUUGUUGCUUUCUUUGAGCUGGACAUGAAAUUUUGCACAUUGAAGUCGAAAUAAUUAGCAAGAGCUUUUAGUUA